ACAACUUUACUGCCAUCGUGUGAGCUGCUUCCAGGAUCCUGGAACAAGGAAGUGAUGAGUGAUAAAGCAGAGGAGUCCGCUGUUGGGCCCAAAAGCCAAAUGAAACAUUGUGGAAAACCCAUCACUGAACUUCCAUUCAAGAAAAGGCUGACCAUGGUGCUGCUUUCAAUGAGAGAGGAAGUAGAGAGAUCAUCCCAGCCUGAGGGCUCAGCCAUGUCUUUGGAAGAUGAUGAGCCCAAGGGCACAGCAACGUCUGUGUGGGAAGAUGUGCCAGAUCAACUGCCAAUACCAGUGAAAAUCAAUAUGGAAAUAAAAGAUCAAUUAAAGAAGGAAAUUCGACAUUUUGGAGGAAAAUAUGAAAUAGUCUCCAAAUUGCUUGAAGGAGUGCAAGGACCUCCAGAAGUACAGAAAAAAUUUGUUGUAUAUGCCAUGAAGGAAGCGGCAAGAUUUAAAAGACGAGACUUAAUAAGGCACCUGAAGAAGGUACCAAAAAAAUUGUAAUCUGACCGGUUUCUCAAAAAAGAUAAUGACACUCCAAACUUAUAAUCCUGUUAUCACAAUCAUCAGUGAGAAGGCAGAUCCAGUUGGCUGUCCUGGAGUGUGACCAGAUAUUGUUGAUGCCUCUAGCAUGAGUUUGCUAAGAAAUUGUCUUCUUGAGGCUAAG